AUGGCCGCCACUCCUCCACUUGAUGAGCUGCCGGCCGACGUGCUGCUCCACGUGCUGUCGUUCGUGGUGGCGGGCGCAGGCUCGGCGCGCGAGGCCGCGGCUGCGCUGUGCCGCGUGGGCGGCGCCUGCUCAUCCCUGCGCGAGGUGGCCAGCAGCGACCACCUGUGGCGGCGCCUGGCCCGCGAGUCCGCCCCGCACUGGCGCUUCCGGCCGCUGCCCUCCACCGACGACCAGCGCGCCCGGUGGGUCCACAUCGUGCGCGCCGCUCACACCAAGCCCAAGCCCAAGCCCACCGUCACCGCCGCGCGGCUCUUCGACGACGACGACGACUUGUUUAGCGCCGUACACGUCAAGACGGAUCCGCUCAACGCGGCCGCGCUCCAGGAGCCCAAGCCCGAACCCGAGCCUGAGCUCGAGGUCGAAGUGCCCACCACCUACAAGCAGUUGUAUCUGUCGAUGCCGCCGCCUCCGGUCCUGUACACGGACGAGCGGUGGUUCGACGACGCGUGCCGCAUGGCCACGCUGGUCGUGCACGCCGCGGUCAAGCACCCUCCGCCCAAACGGCCGGGCGUGAACUCCUUGUUCGGCUCGGAUGACGACGACGACGGUGACAUCUUCGCGCUCCCGCCCUCCAGAUCGGGCGUGCUGGAGGUGCUCCAUGAGCUGCACGGCCACAACCCGUCGCGCUCCUCCACCAUCGGCCUCACUUUUCCACACCGCACAACCCCCGGUCAAGUCGGCGUGUGGAUGCUGGUGUGUUCGGGCGGGCGGUACUUCAACGUGGGUCCGCCGUCAUCGCCGUUCCCCCUGGCCGCGUGGACCACCGGCGGACUGCGCGAGCGGUUCGAGAGCGUGCGCGCGCAGGAGACCGAGGACCGCCGUGGCCGCACCACCGCCAUCGCCAGCCAGGUGUACGACAGGCACGACUUUGAUUGGUGCGGAUCGGGCGGCCUCUUCGACGACGACGACGCCUACAAGGCCUGGCACAUCAAGAGUUGGCAUGAGGGCGAGCCCUGUCGGCAGCUGAGCUGUCCCGCGGCGGCACGAAGUGUCGCCGGCCUCCACGUGUGGCCGCCGGAGCUGGCCGCCGUGGCGGGCUGGGCCAACGGCCACUUCCUCACCCAGGAGGCCGGCGGCCUCCUCUACUUCCACCUGGUCAACGGCGUCGUGCUCUCCUCCUGGCGCAUCGAAUCAAGCGGCGUAGUGCGGGAGUCGUUUUGUCGGGCGCCUUUGUCGCGCCUCACGCCCAGCGAUGUGUUCGCCGCCAACGCCACCGAGCUGCCCUCCGGCCAGAAGGUGAUGACCCACGACCAGUUCCUGGCCGGGUUGGCGCAGUGGACGAACCGCGACAAACAGUGCGUGGUGAGCCCCACCGGGGUGCAUGUGCUGUACGACGUCGGGCGCGGCUUCCCGCACGUUCGGCAGUGCCGGGUCUACCGCCUGGGCGCGGGGUCCCUCGCCCGCUCCAACCGCGAGUUCGUGCUCGACAGCGACGGCGACAAAGUGGCCGCCGGGCGUGCUGGCUAA